GGGCUCGAGGGGGCGGCGGGCCCGGUGGAGUCGGCACCGCCCUGGGCCUGUCGUGCUCGGCCGGGGACGCGGGACCGGCGCGCCCGGGGCCGCCUGUGUGUGUGUGUGUGUGUGUGUGUGUGUGUGUGUGUGGCCCUCCCUUGUGGCGUCCGGCCCAUGGCGCCCCGACCCCCGGGGGACGCAGACCCGGAGCUGGACUGGCCAUUAUGGAAGAAGAGGUACAGCAGCACCCACACUGUGUGAAUUGUGUCAGUAGACGGUGUAUGACCAGACCAGAGCCUGGGAUUUCCUGUGACCUGAUUGGUUGUCCAUUGGUCUGUGGAGCAGUUUUCCAUUCUUGUAAAGCUGAUGAACAUCGACUCUUGUGUCCCUUUGAACGAGUACCUUGCUUAAAUAGUAACUUUGGAUGUCCAUUUACCAUGGCACGAAAUAAAGUUGCUGAACAUCUAGAAAUGUGUCCUGCAAGUGUGGUGUGCUGUACUAUGGAAUGGAACCGAUGGCCAGUUAGUUACGCAGACCGGAAAUCAUAUGAAAAUCUAAGCAGAGAUGUUGAUGAAGUGGCACAAUUAGACAUGGCCUUGGCUCUUCAAGACCAAAGAAUGCUUUUGGAAUCUCUCAAAGUUGCCACCAUGAUGUCAAAAGCAACUGAUAAAAUAUCUGAACCUAGAGAACAAAUUUCAGUGAAAUCAAGUGUUCAGGAACUGCCAUGUGCUAAUGGGUUGGUAUCUGUUGAUGAAGAAUCAUAUGGUGCACUUUAUCAAGCUACUGUAGAAACAACCAGAAGUUUGGCUGCUGCUUUAGAUAUCCUGAAUUCUGCCACAAGAGACAUUGGCAUGUUAAAUACAAGUCUUCAUGCUACCACAGAUGAAGUGGAUGAGAAUAGCAGAGAAAGUUUCCAGGAAAGAAACUUAAAAGACCAGGACCACCUUCAUGAGGAUGAGGUAGGGGCAGUAGGUGGAGUUGACCUUGAUGGCGCAAGUCAGAAUGCUCAGUCUGAACAAAAUGGUUCCAGUGAUUUACUAUGCGACUUAAAUACAAGCUCUUUUGGUACUUCUGCUCUUUGUAAUGGCUUUCCUUUGGAAAAUAUGUGUUCACAGGUCAAAGACCAGAAUCAAAAUUCUCCUGGUGAUUCCAUAGAAAGUAACAUAGAAAAUGGAGACUGUGCAGCAGCAGAUGGUACUUUAGAACCUUCCGGUUCACUUUUAGUAGCAGCACAACUUAGGGAAAUAAUUCCUUUCAAUGCUUUGCCCGAUAGCACAUUUCAACACAUCCUCAUGCCAGAUGAAGAUGAGGAGGAGGACUUGCAUUGGAAAAAGGGAGACUUUGGGGACUUGAAGGAUGUUGAUAACUCACCUUUCAGUCAUGCUCCUUCAUUCAAGUUUCUUUCUAAUUCAUGGUAUAUACCAAAGGAAGACAAAGCAGUCGAUACAUCAGAUUUAGAAGUUGCAGAAGAUCCCAUGGACCUCCAAGGAAUCGAUCUGAUUACAGCAGCAUUACUCUUUUGUCUGGGAGAUUCUCCAGGUGGGAGGGGUAUAUCUGAUAGCCGCAUGGUUGAUGUUUAUCACAUUGACUUUGGGACACAGACGUUCUCACUUCCAUCUGCAAUAUUAGCUACAAAUACAAUGGUUGGAGAGAUAGCCUCAGCUUCAGCGUGUGAUCAUGCCAAUCCACAGCUUUCAAAUCCAAGUCCUUUUCAGACACUUGGGCUGGAUCUAGUUUUGGAAUGUGUUGCUAGGUACCAGCCUAAGCAGCGUUCAAUGUUUACCUUUGUAUGUGGACAGUUAUUUAGAAGAAAAGAAUUUUCUUCCCAUUUUAAGAAUGUACAUGGUGACAUCCAUGCUGGACUCAAUGGAUGGAUGGAACAGAGGUGUCCUUUGGCUUAUUAUGGUUGUACCUAUUCUCAGCGUAGAUUUUGUCCAUCAACACAAGGAGCAAAGAUUAUACAUGACCGCCAUUUAAGGUCAUUUGGAGUUCAGCCAUGUGUAUCUACAGUAUUAGAAGAGCCUUCGAGAAACUGUGUGUUGGGAUUACGUAGUGACCAUCUAAGUAGUCUCCCAUUUGAGGUACUGCAGCAUAUUGCAGGCUUCCUAGAUGGCUUCAGUUUAUGCCAGCUUUCCUGUGUAUCCAGGCUAAUGAGGGAUGUGUGUGGCAGUCUACUUCAGUCUCGUGGAAUGGUAAUAUUGCAGUGGGGGAAAAAGAAGUAUCCAGAAGGAAAUUCAUCAUGGCAGAUAAAGGAAAAGGUAUGGCGAUUCAGUACUGCAUUUUGUUCUGUUAAUGAAUGGAAAUUUGCUGACAUCCUAAGCAUGGCUGACCACUUGAAGAAUUGCAGUUACAAUGUUAUAGAGAAACGGGAGGAAGCAAUCCCAUUGCCAUGUAUGUGUGUGACUCGAGAACUUACUAAAGAAGGACGUUCACUGCGCUCAGUUUUAAAACCCGUACUUUAAAAACUGUAUUUACUUGCACAUACAUGCAAGCACCUGGUAUGAGUUUUGUAAUAUAUGACACUUUAUUAAUGUAUUAAAGACUACAACUAGCUCAA